GCCCGCAUUUUUCGUCAGCAAAUUAGCAAAACAUUGUAGAAAAUUGUUCAGUCUGAUUUUAAUUUGUAAUUGUUCAAUAAAAAAUGGGCAGUAAAUUGUUCAAUAAGCUUUUGCUGAUUGCCGGGUUUGCCAGCCUGGCCCACGCUGCAUUUUCGGCUGCCCACCAUCGCACUUAUUUGAGGCUGACGGAGCAGGAAUGGACCAGUCUUCCAUUGGAUAUUAUCCUGCAGACCGUCAUCAGUUUGGUGAUUGUGAUCUACAACAUCAUCGAGGUUGUGGGCAACUUCAAGGAAAUCCGAGCCACCGUGGACAUGCAGCAGAAAACGUGGGACACCUUGGGCAACUUCCCCUCGUUCUACUCCUUUAAUCACCGCGGCCGUGCCUUGAAUCCUGGUUAUACGCCCCCGGAAUAGGAGGCGAUCUUUAUGAGUUCUGCUUUCAUUUUAUUUAUAGUCUCUGCAAGUUACAAGAUACAUAACGCUAAAGAACAACCACUUGGAUACCAUUAAAAAGAUGAUUGUAAAGGA